AUGGCAACCAGUAACAGCUAUGAAUAUAUCAAUGAAAGAUCAAUAAAUGAAGAAUUGCUCUGUUCUAUAUGUACUGAUCCAUUUGAAGAUCCUCUGUGUGCCAAUCAAUGUGGACAUACAUUUUGUCGAAAAUGUAUAACUGAUACAUUUUGUCGAAAAUGUAUAACUGAUACAUUUUGUCGAAAAUGUAUAACUGAUACAUUUCGUGAUAUGUCAAGAUGUCCAACAUGUCGUCAUGAUUUGAAACUUGAAGAUUUUCAUCCAGUCACUAUACGUCCUUUUCUUAAUCAACUAAAUCAAUUACUUGUGAAAUGUAAAUGGUGUUCGCAAAGUAAUAUUGAACGUGGUAAUUUCAAGGAUCACUUGUCAAAUUGUGUCGAAGAAAUUUUAUCAUGUCCAGCAGCCAAUCUUAAAUGUGAUUGGAAAGGAAAACGUGAUAAAAUACAAGAUCAUGUUAGUAUAUGUCCAUUAAUAAAGGUUCAACCGAUGAUCGUUGAACUCACUGAUUUAGUUAAACAACAAUCAGAACAAAUACGUUGUCUCGAUACAUUAGUUAAACAACAAUUAGGGCAAAUCCGUUUUCUCUAUACAAUACUUGAGACACAAGCGAAGCACAACCAAUGA